GGAGGAGUAACCUGAAAUUUGCUGGAAUGCCAAUCACUCUCACCGUCUCCACCAGCAGCCUCAACCUCAUGGCCGCAGACUGCAAACAGAUCAUCGCCAACCACCACAUGCAAUCUAUCUCAUUUGCAUCCGGCGGGGAUCCGGACACAGCCGAGUAUGUCGCCUACGUUGCCAAAGACCCUGUGAAUCAGAGAGCCUGCCACAUUCUGGAGUGUCCCGAAGGGCUUGCCCAGGAUGUCAUCAGCACCAUUGGCCAGGCCUUUGAGUUGCGCUUCAAACAAUACCUCAGGAACCCACCCAAACUGGUCACCCCUCAUGACAGGAUGGCUGGCUUUGAUGGCUCAGCAUGGGAUGAGGAGGAGGAAGAGCCACCUGACCAUCAGUACUAUAAUGACUUCCCGGGGAAGGAACCCCCCCUGGGGGGGGUGGUAGACAUGAGGCUUCGGGAAGGAGCUGCUCCAGGGGCUGCUCGAUCCACUGCACCCAGUGCCCAGACCCCUAGCCACUUGGGAGCUACACUGCCUGUAGGACAGCCUGUUGGGGGAGAUCCAGAAGUCCGAAAAUAGAUGCCACCUCCACCACCCUGUCCAGGCAGAGAGCUCUUUGACGAUCCCUCCUAUGUCAACGUCCAGAACCUAGACAAGGUCCGGCAAGCAGUGGGUGGUGCUGGGCUCCCCAAUCCUGCUGUCAAUGGCAGUGCACCCCGUGACCUGUUUGAUAUGAAGCCCUUUGAAGAUGCUCUUCGGGUGCCUCCACCUCCCCAGUCAGUGUCCAUGGCUGAGCAGCUCCGAGGGGAGCCCUGGUUCCAUGGGAAGCUGAGUCGGCGGGAGGCUGAGGCACUGCUGCAGCUCAACGGGGACUUCCUGGUGCGGGAGAGCACGACCACACCUGGCCAGUAUGUGCUCACUGGCUUGCAGAGUGGGCAGCCCAAGCAUCUGCUACUGGUGGACCCUGAAGGUGUGACC